GGGCCCGGGCGGGGGCCUGGGGGCCGCGGGGAAGAUGAGCGCCCUCCUAGAGCAGAAAGAGCAGCAGGAGAGGCUGCGGGAGGCCGCGGCCUUGGGGGACAUUCGGGAGGUGCAGAAACUGGUGGAGAGCGGGGUGGAUGUGAACUCCCAAAAUGAGGUCAACGGCUGGACCUGUUUACACUGGGCAUGUAAACGGAACCAUGGUCAAGUGGUCUCUUACCUGUUAAAGUCAGGAGCUGACAAGGAGAUUCUUACCACAAAAGGAGAGAUGCCAGUGCAGUUGACGUCCAGAAGAGAAAUCAGGAAGAUUAUGGGAGUGGAAGAAGAUGAGGAUGAUGACGACGGCCUCCCCCAGCUGAAGAAGGAGUCCGAAUUGCCCUUUGUGCCCAACUACUUGGCCAAUCCAGCCUUCCCUUUUAUCUACACCCCCGCAACAGAGGAUUCAGCCCAGCUGCAGAAUGGGGGCCCCUCCACGCCUCCUGCGUCCCCCCCUGCAGAUGGCUCGCCUCCCCUGCUUCCCCCUGGGGAAACCCCCCUGCUAGGGGCCUUUCCACGGGACCACACCUCUUUGGCACUGGUACAGAACGGUGAUGUGCCUGCCCCCUCUGCCAUUCUCAGAACACCAGAAAGCACAAAACCAGGCCCUGUUUGUCAGCCGCCAGUGAGUCAGAGCCGCUCCUUGUUCUCUUCUGUCCCUUCCAAGCCACCAGUGUCUCUGGAGCCUCAAAAUGGGACAUAUGCAGGACCGGCGCCAGCAUUCCAGCCAUUUUUCUUCACCGGAGCAUUUCCGUUUAAUAUGCAAGAACUGGUACUCAAAGUGAGAAUUCAGAACCCAUCUCUUCGAGAAAAUGAUUUCAUUGAAAUUGAACUGGACCGACAGGAGCUCACCUACCAAGAAUUGCUAAGAGUGAGUUGCUGUGAGCUGGGCGUUAACCCCGAUCAAGUGGAGAAGAUCAGAAAGUUACCCAACACCCUGUUAAGAAAGGACAAAGAUGUUGCCCGACUCCAAGAUUUCCAGGAGCUGGAACUAGUUCUAAUGAUAAGUGAAAAUAAUUUUCUCUUCAGAAAUGCUGCCUCCACUCUGACUGAAAGACCUUGCUAUAACAGGAGAGCUUCAAAACUGACUUACUAAUGCAGCAGGGACUUCUGUCACCGAGUGUUGUGACAGCGUGUGUCACCUCUGGGCCAAGGACAGGCCAUUGAUCCAAAUGCCUUGGCUGCCGGGGAGGGCCCCUGGUGUCUCUGGGUAGUAGGCACUAACAUUGUUCUGCCAAGGUAGGAAGCCCCUGACCCCCAAGCAGUGGUGCCACUCUUCCAAGCCUCUUGGUGCACAAUAAACCUAUUGCUUGAAGCUUUGAACAGCUGAGAAGUGGUUUGGAGAGGCAGAGGCUGAAGACUGUAUCCAGUGUGUUUUUGUGCAGAAUGUGAGAGUUGUCUUAGCAGAAGCUGAGAGAGCGCAGAGCCUGUUUCUCGCCACUGCUGUUGCCCGGGCACCUGAAGGGCCGGGAUGCACUUUUCUUGGUGUUGCAUGCUCACAACUCUGCUGAAUUUGUGAAGUGACUGGGAAAGCACAGGUACUGGACAAGUGAGUUUUUGUGUGACUUGUGGCUGUGAGGUUUCCUAUAACGUAUUUAUAAAUGUUACUCAGGUUAAAAGUAUUUAAGAAUACAGAUACCUAAUUGUAGAUAUGCUGUUAACCAAAAGAGCUUCCCCUCCCCACUUUUCCUCUGUAAAGCACUCAUGACUGCUUCUCUGUGUAGCUGGCCAUCUCUGUGUCAAGUCCCCUUCGUGGUCACUAGAGGGCUCACUAAUGCUGUCUGUGGGAGCAGUGCCUGGGAGGCGCCUGCUGUGGGCACCCCGAGAGGAGCACAGGAGCUGCCGGUCUGUGUUCGCCCCUUUCCUUUUCCAUUAGAAAUGACAAGCAAUUUUUGAGACUGAAUCUGUUGCUAUUUUAAAGGCUGUUAUGGGAAACUGAGCUAAAGGAGUUAGCAUCUUUAUUUUUGUAUCAAAGAUAAAGGUUAUUUUGAAAUUAUUAGGAUUUUUACACAACUCUGAAAUCUGUUGCUUUUGUAAACAAAUUGUUUGAUCUUAGGGGUUCCCCCAACCCACUUAAGAGUCAGUUAUGAGUCUGCCAGACUUUGUCCUUAAAAGCAAAAACAGAAACACCUGGUUAAACUCUUGAGCAUGGCACACACAGUUUUUUUUUUUUUUAAGAAUGUGUUCUUUUCCUUUGCUUCAGUGUUGUUAAUGUUAAACGCCACCCUCUUACUGACACAAACAGCUUGACUUCAGCGAUGAGAAGGAGCACACUUAGAAACGCAGGGGGCGGGCCGGCGCCAGCUGUGGGAGCGCAUCCCUGCUGUCUGGAGCAGCUUUUCCCCACAGUGCCUAGAGUUUCCAAAGAACCCCGGCUUCCAAACUGCGUGAACCUAAUUUCAUUAGAACACUACAAUUGAGUGAGAGCGUGCAGAAGAUGGGAGUGGAAGAGAAUGUUGUGCUAAGAUAAUGGCCUCCCGCUGCUGCCUGCUGCCGAAGCGAGGUAGCAGGGUUUUCAGGGAGUCGCUGUGCGUGACUUCAUUGUGUUCCGUUCCACUGAUUACUGUUGCUGACUUACGCUUGUUCAGUGUUUGCAUACGGGCGAAGGUUGCUUAUGCCCACAUCCCCUCUUCUGGAGUGCUCUGAAGAAACUUCCCCUGAGUUUCAACCACUCAGAUGUAGUCACCUUUCUUUUUCCCCUUGCUUUAGAGAGAAGUUGCAAUUUACUAACAUAAUUAAGUCUGGUUCUAUCCUAGCAGAAGUAAAUUCAGUAUUAAUUCAUGUCUAAGUUACUAGGGUUAAGACCCUGUCAGCCACCCAAAAGAGUUAGAGACUGUCAGAGAGCAGGGAGGCCCUGGCUAGGAGGCAGCCUACAGAGGAGGGGCUCAGGGCGCUCCCCAGGCUGAAAAACAGAGGGGAGCAAAGGUCUCGGUGUCUCGGGUGGGAGAUGGGUCCCUUCUCCUUUAUGAAAUCCUCCGUGGCCAGCUGACUCCUGCCUAGGGCAGUGGGAUAAGACUGCACAGUCGCCAGUAGGUGAGUUUAAAGUCUUAAUCUAUGCAUUCAGAGAAAUAUUUUUAUAUACUUUGUGUAAUUUAUAACAAGGAUUUGUUUUUAGCUUUGUUAACCGUGAAUUCAUCCCUCCUCCUCCACUGCGUAUCUAGAGCAUGUGUUCACAUUGUGUAAAAUUCACCGAAGAGUUUUUCCUUUGUGCAUUGCUGACUGUCCAAACAUGACAAGUGUUAUUAAAAUUAAAUAUUAACUGACUGA